AUGCAGAACGGGUGGGGCGGUUGUUGUCCGGGAAACGUGGGUACGGCUGUCCUCCAGGAGCUGCGGUGGUUUCCUCAGGUACCAUGGAUCCGGCUGUCCUUCAGGAGUUACGGCGGCGGUCGUUCCCCGGGUGCGGUGCUCGUCCACGUAGGCCCAAAAAGUGAAGGCACUACUGUUUCACCAGGGCGAUCGCGCAAAACGGCGACGACGCCGAUCGCCAGGGAGACGAGAUCGACGGCAACGGUGACGACGCCGAUCGCCAAGGAGACGAGAUCGACGGCAACGGCGACGACGCCGAUCGCCAGGGAGACGAGAUCAACGGCGACGGCGCCGUUCGCGUCUACAAAUUCAAGAGCGCAGCAAAAUAAGCGUAUCAAUAAUGCGGUGAAGCGAGCAUUGCAGAGGGAACGAAGCAAACAAAAAAGGAGGUACGUCGCCGGUGCAUAUGCGGCACAAUCACCCGCCUAUGUACCGGCGACGUACACUUCAGUGCUGUCUGCAGGAUACAUGUCUGGUGCGCCCGCAGCAUCAGGAUAUAUGCCCGCUGUGCCCGCCACACCAGGAUACCCGGCUGCUGCUUCCGCAGCACUAGGAUACGUGCCCGCUGUGUCCGCUGCACCAGGAUACCCGGCCGCUGCUUCCGGAGCACCAGGUUAUAUGCCUGGUACGCCCGCCGCACCAGGAUAUAUGCCUGGUACGCCCGCCGCACCAGGAUACAUGGCUGCCGCUCCCGCAGCACCAGGAUACAUGGCUGCUGCUCCCGCAGCACCAGGAUACAUGCCUGGUACGCCCGCCGCACCAGGAUACAUGGCUGCUGCUCCCGCAGCACCAGGAUACAUGCCUGGUACGCCCGUCGCACCAAGAUACAUGGCUGCUGCUCCCGCAGUACCAGGAUACAUGCCUGGUACGCCCGUCGCACCAGGAUACAUGGCUGCUGCUCCCGCAGCACCAGGAUACAUGCCCGCUGCGCCCACCGCAUCAGGAUACAACCAUUCCACACCAUUUUAUAUUUAA